AUGUCAGCAUCGAAUACUCCAAGUCGUAUACGUCAUACACCGAAAACAACUCGAUCAUACGAUUCGAGUGACGGUGGAACGCCAAGUCCGGCACGUUUUCGAUCGAAACGAAAUUGUAACAAUGAAACCAACGAAAACUCACAACGACGGAAUAAAUAUCAUCCGUAUCAAGCACCCGCGUGUUUUGAUGAGAAUGCUAACGAUCAAUUCCACGACGAAAAUCAUCGAUUACCAAGUAAACCAUCAACACCGAGCAAUCGACCUAAUAAAUUGAAUCUUAGAAAUGAUGACAAACCAAGAACACCAAAGCCAAGUUUUGAAGAAGAACAACAAGAACUUCAAAAAUCCUUGUCGAAAGAUUGGUGUGACAAGAUGGAUAAUGAAGAGGCAGAGGAAAAAAAAUUACACAGUUUUAUACUUUAUCUGAAACAAUUUUCUGUUCAUGCAAAUAAAACAACAGAAGAGAUUCUUAGCUCAAUCGAAUGUUGUCCGAAAGAACUUCUACGACGUCAGAAGGAGAUCAGUAAAGGCAAACUGUCGAAAGCGUAUGAAGCGUAUCUAUCAGCUGUUCCUCGAAAAUCUCGCAUGCGACAACAUCCACGUACACCAUGCAAAUAUGCGAAAAUGUCUCGACGUGGAUUCGAUGGUGCGAUCAAAGCCUGGCGUCGAAAACUGCAUGAAUUCGGUGCAGAUAAAACAAAAGAGAAUGGUGGUCAUGAUGACGAUUCGAUUUCAUUGUCAUCCUCAUCACAACGUAGUGAUGGCUGUUCAACGCCGUCAUCUGCAUCGAUGAGCAUGGAUGAUAUCGAUGAAAACUUCUUACCAGAUUUGUAUGAUUUUGAAGAAUCACUCGUCGUUCAGUCUAACAACGAUCAAGACAUUGAACUCAAGUUUGGUGCAAUUAUUGAUGCCGAUUCGAUGGACACUAUUGUUAAUAAUAUGGAUUCGCGUUCGGCGAUGGCAUUUGAUUAA